AUGCUUCAAUCAUCGGUUGUAAACGUGUUAGGAUCAUUCUUUCAAAGAGUUUGUAUGUUGAUGAUAUCAGAGAUAUUGGACUAUAAUUUUUGGGAUCGGUGCGCGGUGGGUUCUUUAUUGGGCUUUAAGAUGGCCAUAACUUUGGAUUCGUGCCAAGACUUAGGGAUGUUACUCGAGUUUACUAUGUUUGUGGCAAGUGUUGCAAUCCAUUUAGUACUUCUGGGUCCAAGGUUUUUUAGAAACUCUGGAAGUACUCCGCCCGUUCCAGCUGCUUUUCCAUUUUAUACUGAUUUAAGUGCGUUUAGGACUUCCUCUCCGGUAAAGUCUGUCAAGAGUGACGUCUUUUCUUUGCAUAGAUUUAGUAGUUCUAAAAGUUCUUUUCUCACUUCUAUUUUUUCCCUCUUUUGGGGUUUGAUAUUAGACGUUCUGAACAGUAGGUUAGCUAUAUCACUGGCUGCAACACUCAAAACUUUCCUUGAUGGCUCCGCUGCUGCUUGUUUUCUCAAAAGGGCCCAAAUUUUCCUGCUCGAGAAGGUGUAA